GUAGGAAAAAACAGAAGCAAAUAAAAAAAAAAAUAAAAUAAUAAAAAAAUAUAAAAUUAUUUAACUAAAACUCUAAGGAUUUAUUUUCCAGUAGGUCUGGAAUGAUACUUUAAAACACUUUUUAUCGGUCACUAAUCACAUAAAAGAGAUAAAUCUUUAAAGACAGAAUAUUUUAGCGAAGAAGAAGAAGGACCAUGCCCAAAUUGAUUCAGGGUCCUAGUUUAGAGAAAAAUCGAGAGGAAAAUGGAGGUCUCAGUGGCCAGCUGGCGGUUACAAGUACAGUGAAGCUUAAUGUUAAUGCCCAGGAAUUUAUACCACGUUUCAAGAGGGAAGAGACGUCCAAGGACAAAGCUGCGGUUCCCUUAGAUGAGGACGAGCAAAAGGUCAAAAGCAACCUAACUCUGCCUUGGAAAGGGUUUCCCAAGAAGGCUGAAAAAUCUACCCGCAGUGCUCAGGUAGUUUUGUUGAACGAUGUGGACUACAUGAUUCUUCCUUGCGUCAAAAGAUCGAAAAAGCCCAGGGAACAACAAUUAAUUGUAGACGUGGCUAAAAACACUGGACCUAAUGGAAACGCUCCGACUACUUCUACCAAAGUCACUUCAAAUACUGAUGCCGUCGAAAAUCGACGUGAACAAGAGAGAAAAGUAGCUUUAGAGGCCUUAAAAUUGUCGGAGCAACGACGCCUUAGGGGUCCUUUUGUGCCCCCCACUCAGGAAAACGAAAGUUCCAACAGAGCUCAGCCAGUUAUCCAUCUCUCACGAUCUCCCAUAAGGUUUACGCCGGAGGAAAGAGUCAAGGUGGACCGAUUGAGGAUUGCAAAGAGAGAGCGCAUCGAGAGGAUCCUGCGCGAAAUGACAAAUGAGAAGCAGGAGCAACUGAAGCAACAGCAGAUGCAGCAGCAGAAGAGGAUUCGCUAUGAUGACAAUGUACGGAAAACACCUAGCAGCAUGGACCAGGAAUCAGAGAAGAAAGUCGAGGGGGCCACUGUCAACAAGAAGAGAUAUAUACCCACCACCAAGGAAUGGGACGAGCAAUGUCGAGCCAAGUAUAUGGCCAAGCUGGAUGCGGAAAAGCAAACUCCAGACGCCUCUCCCAAGCCGCCUUUGGUCAACCCGAAUGUGGUCAACAUUACGCCAUCGGGAGUUAUCAGACUUGGCGACUUCAGGGCCACGUCCACGCCUCGAUAUUGCCCACCUUCCGAACUUCUGGAAGCGGAGAAGCGCAGGGGCAACCUUACCCAUUUUCGACCUCUUGCCCACUGGACAAUCCGUCAGAGUCCCCUACUUCCGCUGAAGAACUUGAUCAAUCAGAAGGGAAAAAUCGUGGAGCGCUACAGCAUCGAGCAACUUCUGGAGCUUGAACCGCAACCUGGCGAGCUGGAAAAGCCAGCUUUAGAUGAGGACCUGCAUAAUCUGGGUUUUCUGUGCGAUUGACAGGAAUGCUAGUCAUAGAUUGCAUCAACUCGGUCUUUGUGUUGUUUCCAAUUUAUUCUGUACCAAACAAUUCUGAAAAACGUAUUGCCACUAAUGAGUUCCGAUUCCGUUUUAAUGCAUGAAAAUAAAAGACAAUAUUUGGGAUAAUA